GUAUUUAUAUAAACUACUGUAAAGACACAGUGAGGUGCUAAAACUGCGAUUGUCACAUCACAGGUUCAUUGAGAAACGUAAAAUAUUAAGUUGAUUCACGUGGUGUCCAUCCCAUUCCAUUGAUCUCUCUACUUGCAACAAACAACAAGAAUCAAAAUGGUGGGUAUUUUCUCGUUGGUUACGGGCAUGGCUGGACCAAGUGGAUUUGGAUCCUCUACAACAGCUGAACAAGUUACUCAAGGAAUUGAUGCAAGCAACCUCACUGCAAUUAUCACAGGAGGAGCAAGUGGUAUAGGCUUGGAGACAGCACGAGUCUUGGCUCUCCGAAAGGUGCAUGUCAUCAUCGCCGCAAGAAACAUGGAGUCUGCAAAGGAAGCUAAACAAAUUAUACUACAAGACAACGAGUCUGCUCGAGUUGACAUAAUGAAGCUCGACCUUUGUUCAGUGAAGUCUGUUAGAUCGUUUGUUGAAAACUUCCUCGCUCUCGAUCUUCCUCUCAACAUCUUAAUAAACAAUGCUGGAGUUAUGUUCUGCCCCUUCCAACUGACACAAGAUGGAAUUGAGAUGCAGUUUGCAACAAAUCAUCUUGGUCAUUUCCUUUUGACAAACCUUCUACUUGAGAAAAUGAAACAAACCGCAAAAGCCACUGGAAUUGAGGGCAGAAUCAUAAAUCUUUCAUCAAUUGCUCAUACCUACACUUAUGAAGAAGGCAUUCGAUUGGAUAAUAUCAAUGAUCAAAUUGGUUACUCUGACAAGAAGGCUUAUGGACAGUCCAAGUUAGCUAACAUACUACACGCAAAUGAGCUUUCUCGUCGCUUGAAGGAAGAAGGUGUCAAUAUCACAGCCAACUCAGUACACCCAGGAGUAAUAAUGACUCCUCUUAUGAGACACUCUUCUUUACUUAUGAACUUCUUGAAGAUGUUCACAUUUUACAUAUGGAAGAAUGUCCCACAGGGAGCUGCAACAACAUGCUAUGUUGCUCUUCAUCCAAGCUUGAAAGGAGUAACUGGGAAGUACUUUUUGGAUUGUAAUGAGUUUCAACCAAGUGCUUUUGCGUCAAAUGGACUAUUAGGAAGAAAACUUUGGGAUUUUAGCAACAAGUUGAUCAAUUCAAUUUCAAAGUCUUGAUUUGUCUUGCUCAUCCAUCACUCUCGUCAAAUCAAUUAUUAGUAGUUAUAUAUAUGACUUGUAUUAUGUGCCCCUAAAAUAGAAGCCUUCUUCUUUUGUGUGUACUUUAUUGAAUAUUAUCUUUCAAGGUUAACGGUAUUAAUUAAGUGUUGGUGAUAGCUCAAACUUUAAUUAUGUUUCUCCUUCUCUAUUGUUUGAACCGGAUCCUUUAAUUUCUUAAA